UAUGCACUUGCCUCUGCAAGCACGCAAACUGUCCUGUCUGCUCGCCACCUCUGUUUCAUCACCGAACAAGGACUUUUCUGUUCCUGCACACUUCAACACGCAAGUUUGGUGGAAAGAGAGCUGCACGAGCCAGUCUCCUGCAGGGACUUCAAGGUGUGAUGGAGUGGCGUCAGCAGUCUGCAGUCAGCUGUGAGCUGGCGUUCCAGGAGGCACAGAGAUGGACUGAGGAAGUGACAAAAAAGCAAUUUGGGAGUAAAAGUUUUCGAGUGGCUUUAGAGGACGGGGUCCUUCUGUGCGACCUGAUUAACACCUUGAAGCCGGGCAUCAUCAGACGAGUGAACAGGCUCUCCACUCCCAUUGCAGGCUUGGACAACGUGAAUGUGUUUCUCAAGGCUUGUGAGAAACUAGGGCUUAAUGAGGCACAGCUCUUCCAUCCGGGAGACCUGCAAGAUGUGUCCACACGUGUGACUGUCAGACGUGAAGAGACAAGCAGGAGACUGAAAAAUGUUUUGAUAACUAUAUACUGGUUGGGCAGGAAGGCCCAGUCUGAUCUGUUUUACACUGGACCACAGCUGAAUCUAAAAGCCUUUGAAGGUUUGCUGGGCACAGCAUUAUCUAAGGCUCUGGAGGAGUCAGUGCAGUCUAAGUCGAGUGUGAGGGACAGUGGGUACGCGGAGGGCUGGUUUUCUGACCGGGAGCAUCUGUUCAGUCUGAAGCAGUCGGGCUACAGGAGGGAGGACUCAGUCGAGAGCCUGGACUCAGUGGAGUCUCGCACACUCAGUGGGGCUUCAGACUGCACACUUACAGCUGGCAGUGAAGGUUGGGGUAGUGACGCAGAAGCAGAAUAUUUCUUCAGGAUGGCAGAAGGCAGUAAAAGUGAUGCCCCCAUCAGAGAAAGAGUGCAUGUCCCAUCUGCCCUGAGGAAGAAAAGGCAGGAAUACCGGCAGGGAGACAGGAGUCAUGCAGGCAACCUCACUAGAAGCAAAUCUAUGGGUGACAUCCCACUGGAGCCCAUUCCACAGGAAUCUGACAACUGCUCCAGCUUUGACCCGCUGGGGUCACGCCAUGUUCACCAUGGCUCUGUUGGAGAGGUGACCCUUGAACCCUCAGCCAUUCAUAGGGUUCAGCAGGAACAGUUACAAAGCAUCCGGGACAGAAUAAAGGAAAGUGAAGCCAAAUGGCACGAAGAUCUGAACAGGUGGAAGAGCCGGCGACAUAGUGCAAACUUUGACCUCCACAGGAAGCUUGAGGAGAGGGAGCAGAUUGAACUCCUUACCGAUGGGGGAGAGGCCAGUGCCAACAGGACUGCACAGCUCACCGGGGUGCCAGAGGAGAGCUCCAGCAUGCCUGGACCCAUGAGUGAUGCGGGCUCCAGUGUCAGCAGUACUGGGUGGUCCACCAGCUUGGCUUCACCCCUCACAAACGGGACAUCUUUUGCUCCGACCAAAGGCACUGAUGCAGAGAGUACCGACUCUGCUGGUGAAUUCUUCCCCCCUCCAGCAGCUGUUGUCUCUAAACAGAGUUCACCGAGCAGACAGGCUACUGGGGAUCCAGAGCUCUAUGAGCAGCAGGGUCCAGGCAUAUCUGCCACUCUACCCAGAGGUUUCAGAAGGUCCGAAGGUUCCUCACGCCUCUCCACCGGUGUCACACCACGUCCAUUUGGAACCAAACCCUCCAAAGUGUCCUCACUGCCCAGAGUAUAUUCUAUGGAUGACUCUCAUAAAAGCCUGAUCUGUGGAAACGGAGAUAAUUCAAUCAUCCCCUCGUUCCUCAGCGGUCAAGGAAAGGUCACAGCCUCUGUUGACAAGGGCCACUCUCGAUCCAGCACUCAUACAAUCAACCCUAAAAAGGAAGAAGAGAGAAGAGAUAGAAGGUCAUCAGCACCUCCAAUUAACUGUUUUGUCACUAAAGUGUCAGUGGCUGCCUCUGUGCAAACAUCUCCUGUUAUUGCCGAAAUCAUGGACAUUAAGGUGGGUCAAAGUGAAAUGCGAGUCUGCUUGAAUCAGAAGCCUAACAGCGGCGGAGACUUUGGAUUCAAGGCUCACUUGGACUCAACUGGUGCUUGUGUGAAAUCUGUUCAAGCAGGCAGCCUGGCAGAGUCGUGUGGUCUGCUGAUGGGUGAUGAGAUCGUGGCGCUGGGUGGAUGCAGGGUGGCUGAAAUGAAUUAUGAGCAGUUUAAGGGCAGUAUGGACACAGCACAGCAAAAGGACACUUUACUGAUGGACAUCCUAAGACACGGCCAGAAUGACUGGGGCAGUGACCACCCUUCCCUAACAUACAAGAGCCAUAAGACCAUCAAUUUGACCAGUGCCAAUUCAACCCUUACAGGGCGGCCCGAGCACUGUGUCUCAAUCAGCACAACCUCUCCGGUGGAGACCGUGGUGAAGGCACAAGUCAACGGACAGCCUGCCAAUGUGAGUCAGGGAGUGCUGUCAAAAACGGUGAAUGGACGUAUCCAGGACAAUCCAGUUGCUCUAAGGAACAAAGGUGGCUCAGAGUCUGCCAUCUCUGAUCUGCAGGUUCCCUCCAUCAGUAGCACCUCGUCUCGCUGGUCAUGGGAUCAUGAAGAGGAGAGGAGGCGGCAAGAGAAAUGGCAGAUGGAACAAGAGCGCCUCCUGCAGGAGAAGUAUCGACGUGAUCAGGAGAAGUUAGAGGAGGAGUGGAGGAGAGCUCAGCAGGAGGUCUAUGGAGAGGAGCACAGUGGUACUGGGGAGCAGAAAUGCCCUGAUGUGCUGUCCAAUGGAAAUACCACUAAUAUUCCACCUUCCUCCUCCAACCAAUUCAUUGCUACCACUUCAGUGGCAUCCAAUCAGAAUGCAGAGAAGGUGGAAGAAACACAGAACAGACCGACCGCUGUGCAUACAGCAGCACGACAGCAGUCACUAAAGUCAGAAGUGGAGUGUGAUUCAACCACAAAGAGCCUGUGCUCAGAGGAGUGCUACGGGUUUGCCAAGCUUACAGUUUCUGACAGGACAAAGUCAAAAUCUACUCCUGCACUUCAAAGCCUUCACAAACAAGAUGCUAAAGGAAGCGGUAAAAAGAAGGGACAGCUGUCGCAGACAGAAAAGGAACGUCUGCAGAUCCUGCAGGAGAUGAGGAAGAAGACUCCGCUCCUCACUGACAACAGUUGGAUCCGUCAGCGCAAUGCCAGCCUCAACAAAGAGCCCAUCUCUGUGGGAACAUCUGUCAGGAGAUAUGAAUCUCUGGACAACCUCCAAGCAACCAACUCCUGGUCCAGGCAGUCCUACACUUCAGGUAUCGCAAACAGGCCCCAUUCUGCUUUGGGAAACACUGGCACUUACAGGAGCGGACGUAGCAGCCUGAGCCCUGGUUCAGCCAUCUUCUCUACUGGUCUUAAGCAAAGCUCCAACGUUCCCACUACACCUGAGCCAUCAGGCCCAGAGUCCUGUCCAAACUCUCAGCAGCAUGGAAGAAGGAUUUCACUCUACCUGACCUUUAACCCCAGUGUGUCGGAUGCAGGACUGAACUUGGGAGAGGGGCUGAGUCCGGAGCUCAGGUCAGAGUCCGACACGGACAGCUCUUCUGUAACAGCUGCUACAGCAGAAUCAGAGUCUGUUCCUCCAUCUCCAAGUGACCAGAAUGCAUUGCAACAGAUCAUGGAGGAGUGUACUACAGAAGCGGCCUCAGGAAUCACAGCUAUUAGCACAACCUAACCACUGCAGCAGGCUUUAUCCACUGCUUUGACAGUCAGUGUACUGAAACUGAUUUUUCUGUGAUUGUUCUCAUGGUAUGACCGCUACAAAGUGACGAGUUCGAACAUGUUAUUUUGAUCAUUGCUGAAGGUUGUUUCUGUACUGGCUGACAUCAAUGUAGUGAGAUGAACAUACAUUACUGAACAGUUAUGCAUUCCAUGUGGCAAGUAAUAACAUGUCUGAUGUGUCUCAUGACUUCAAAGAACUGUUUUAUGUUCUUUUUUUAUCUCCUUGCUGAUAACUAAUUUCUUUACCAUAUCAUCUCCUUUCUUUAUAAUACAAGCUUUCCUCUGAUAAUUAUUUAAUAAAUGUUCUAGCACACUUUAUUUGGCACUUUUUCCCUUUCAUUGGUAGAAAUCACAUAGUGGUGAUGGUAGACGGGUUAAGUAAGGGUUAAGUUCCAGUUAAGAGGAACCAUAUGCAACAUUUUUAAACAAUCUGCUUUACUAUAGAAAUGUAUUUGAUCUGUCUUCCUAAUAGAUGUUGCAAAGUUUAAUCCAGUAGGUGGCACCCUUGUCGUAACUGCCUUUUUUUUUCUAUUUAGUAGAUGAAAUAUUCUGCCAAUCGGAUGGCAUGCAUAUAAAGGUUGUAUUUCAUAUAAUUGUAAGAUCAAAUGACAUGGAAUGCUUCUUUUCAAGCCCCUAUGCCAGACGUUUCUGUUUGAAGUUUACAUGUCUCUCUCAGUAUAUCAAAGUCUAGUUAUAACUGACUAAAUUAAUUAAAUGAAGUGUUGUCUUGGAAAUAAAGCAUAAUUUUAAAUGGAAA